UCACUUUGUACUUCUCCAUCCCGGACUGUGGAGCGGGCCGGGACCAGUAGGGCCAGACCAGACUGGACCCUAGGGGCGAUGCGGCUACUGCCCCUCCUGCAAACUGUCUUCUGGGCCGCGUUUCUCGGCUCCCCUCUGCGCGGGGGCUCCAGCCUUCGCCACGUCGUCUACUGGAACUCCAGUAACCCCAGGCUACUGCAAGGAGAUGCUGUGUUGGAGCUGGGCCUCAAUGAUUACCUAGACAUUUUCUGCCCCCACUAUGAAGGCCCAGGCCCCCCUGAGGGGCCUGAGACAUUUACUUUAUACAUGGUGGACCGGCCAGGCUAUGAGGUCUGCCAGGCAGAGGGGCCAGGUGCCUUCAAGCGCUGGGUGUGCUCCCUGCCCUUCACCCACGUUCAGUUCUCAGAGAAGAUUCAGCGCUUCACACCCUUCUCCCUUGGCUUCGAGUUCCUGCCUGGAGAGACAUACUACUACAUCUCGGUGCCAACUCCAGAGAGUCCUGGCCAGUGCUUGAGGCUCCAGGUGUCUGUCUGCUGCAAGGAGAGCAAGUCUCAGUCAGCCCAUCCUGUUGGGAGCCCUGGAGAGAGUGGUACAUCAGGGUGGCAAGGAGGGGACACUCCCAGCCCCCUCUGUCUCUUGCUGUUGCUGCUGCUCCUGAUUCUGCGUCUCCUGCGAAUUCUGUAAGCCAUGCGGACCCUCCCUACCACCUCAAGGAGCCAGAGUCUUCCCAAGAUCUCCUACAGGAGGAGGGGUCCCUGUCGUCUGCAUUGGGGGUGCCAAUCCAGACAGAUCAGGUAGAGCAUUGAUGGGGGAGGUCAGAAGGUCUGAGGUGAUCCUUGCAAGUGCUUGCCCCUUCAUCACAGGCUAAAGAGGAGCUACAGACAGCCCUGGAAACCCUGGAGCGAAGGCAAGACAAAGAUGGGGGCUUUGUAGGCUGCUUGGAUGGUCUCGUCCCCAGAAAGACUGGGAUUUUGUGGGAUAAAAUCCUUGAGCCAUCUGGGGGCCAAGGCUGAAGACCCAGGGACAGGUAGAUUGCUAGACCUGCCAUCUGUGCCCUGUGGGCCUCUUCCCUGGGACAGCACCUUGCCCUCCCGGGGGGAGUCACUCACUUGUCUUCUAUGAAGACGGACUUGUCAUAAGGUAGAAUUUCAUGCCAAUUUGUAUUUUUGUAAGUGUCUAGACCAAACCUUCAAUAAACCACCCAUCUUUUUAUUACCCUCUCCA